GUCUGGUCCAGCAAUUGGACUGUUUUUGGGUUUGAUCCUUCUCGGACAGUCUUACUUUGUAGUCAGUGCACCCGCUCACCCUUCAGUCUGUCUGCCUCUUUUCUCCUCUGUUUGGCUGAGCACUGUCAACUCUUUGCCAAUGGAGACUGCUGACUCUGGAGUUCAGUGGGUUUUUUGUACCAGACGAACCUGCUUAUGUGGUCAUAACCUCUACAUGAAUGUUGUGAAGAGCAUCUGUGUGCUGCACCUGAGCAAAAAUUUACCCUCCAAACAAAAACGCCAUAUCCCAGAGUUCCCUGCUUGUCACAGCUGGUCCCUGCAGGUGUGGGCGUGCCUCCUGUCACACUGGCAGAAGAGGCGGGGCAGGAGGUGUUGCCAGGUGGGGGACCAGGGCUGCACCCACCUGCCUUCUCCAUCUUCCUCCGUUCAUAUCUGAACCACUUGAUCUGCAGCUUUCAUAAGAGGUGGGCUGAGAGGGAUCCGGCCAAGAGCCUCAAGCGUGUGUGACAGGCAACAGGCAACAGGGCUCUGCCAGGUGGCGUUGGCUGGUUGAGGAGCAGAGUAUGUUGAGUGGUUGUGGUUGCCAUGGAGCAGCAGGAUAAGAAGCAGAGUAUGUUGUUGCAGGAGGAGGAUGUUGUGACCCUGGGCCUGUCAACUGGCCAGGCUCUGGUAAAACUCCGGGACCAGCUCAGCAGGCUGCUGGAGCAGCACCAGAGGGCUGCACACAGACGAACCUCUGCACAGGAACAGUGGUUGAAUAGCUUUCUUUACCAUGGCAACCGUCAUUCCUGCCUUCAUUGGCCAGGAGCUGCCCUGACUCUACUUGUGGUUCUGGGACUCUUAUGUUGCUAUGGCAGCCAGCCUAAGGGCAGUUCUGGUAUAGAGCUGGUGAAUGCUGCAGCCCUCCUUCUCCUCUUCCUGCUGAACUUCCUGCUUGUCGGACGUCAGGAGAGGCUUAAGAGGAGUGAGAUGGUCCGGCGCCUCAAGAGCAUUAUAACACAGCUCAGUGACUAUCUGUCAGGGUGCGUGGGUGAAGUGCGUUGGUCUCCGUCACAGUACCCAGACCUGUACACACCCUCUUCCCCGUCGUGGUCCCUUCACUGGACCUACCGUGACUCCCAGCUCGUUAAUCUGCCUGUUAGUCUGCUGGUGGAAGGAGACAUCAUCGCACUGAGACCUGGCCAAGAGGCAUUUGCAUCUCUCAGAGGCAUCAAGGAUGAUGAGCACAUUGUGUUGGAGCCAGGAGAUUUAUUCCCCCCAUUGUCCCCUCCUCCUUCCCCACGCGCCAAUGAGAAGAGAGGACCCCAGAACCCACAGCAACACCGCCUCUUCAGAGUGGUCCGGACUCCAGUACUGGACGCAGUCAGGAACAGUUUGGAGUUGGCCCUGUCUCGGCCAAUCACAGUAAUUGAUAAUGAGAGGUUUACAGUGCAGUCAGUCAUCACCAAACUAGUCUGUCCUGUAGUGCUGGUGGCGUUCCUGCUAGUGAACACUAUCCGCUAUUUUUUUGAUGCACCCAGCCUCACCCCUGCCUUCUACAAUUUCUUUCAACUUCAGUUGAUGGGUGUUAUACCCAUCUUGCCCCUGCUCUUCCCUGUCAUGUGGGUGCUGGUGAAUGCCUUUGGAGAGGCCAGGGUCCUCGCUGACUUCAGCCGGGUGUCACCAGCUGGUCUGCUUGCUAAGUUCUCUGAGGACACUCUAAGCAGCUACACCGAAGUGGUUUCCUCCCAGGAGAUGCUGCGUUGUGUGUGGAGACACCUGGUUGGCUUCCUAAAGGGAGAGUCUCAGACACUCUGCUACACUUCCAGCCUUUUACACUCACUGGGAUCUGUCACUGUGCUGUGUUGUGUGGACAAACAGGGUAUCCUGUCGUGGCCUAACCCCAGUCCAGAGACUGUGCUGUUUUUCAGUGGACGGGUCGAACCACCUCACAGCAGCCAGGAUGAUCUCAGAGACGACCUGUCUGUCAACUCCUACUGCCGAAUGGAGACAGAUGAUGACAGGGAGGAGGCCCAGGAGGUGCAGGCUCUGCUCUGUCUACCAGCAGAAUCCUCCACCCAGUUGGGGGAGGGGCCCGAGCUGAGCGAGACCUCACAUGACACUAUUCGCUCAUCUGACACAAUCCGUCUUCGGCGCUCCUGCCAGCCCACACACAGUCGCACCAAACACCACUCUGGAUCCAACGUGAGCUUCAGCCACGACACUGAGGGAGGCGAGGAUGAGCAGGCCCAGGACUUUGCAAUGGGCUGCCCAGAGGUGGAGGCAGAGGACUUUGUGUGUGACUACCACUUGGAGAUGCUGAGCCUGUCACAGGACCAGCAGAACCCAGCCAGCAUCCAGUUUGAUGACCUCUCCUGGCAGUGCCACCUGCCCUCCCUCAAGCCGUUGGGCCUCAACAUCAUGCUGAACCUCUGCAACGCCAGCGUCACCCAGCAGCUGUGCCGCUUCUCUGACCACCUGUCCAACCUCGCUCUGCAGGAGAGCCACGGCACUGUACUUCCUGUCUACGUACCCUGGGGGCUCUGUGAGCUCUCCAGGCUCAUAGGGUUUACUCCUGGUGCAAGGGAGCUGUUUAAACAGGAGAACCACUUGGCUCUGUACCAGCUGCCAUCUGGAGAGAAAACCAAGGAGUUCACCUCCCGCCACCUUCACUACUUAACCAAACGCCAGCCUCCCAUGUCCCACCUCAUCUCUCUGUUCGUACGAGACUCCUCCUCCAAUAACAUCCAGAUGCUGUCACAUGGCUCGGCUGACCUUAUCCUGGAGGCCUGCACUGACUUCUGGGAUGGAACUGACAUCUACCCCCUGUCAGGCUCUGACAGAAAGAAGGUUCUGGACUUCUACCAGCGUGCCUGUCUGUCAGGUUACUGCUCGGCCUUUGCCUACAAACCCAUGCAAGUAUCAUUGUCAAGCCAACUGAAUGGGAAGUGUGUAGAACUGGCUCCCGGUCCCUGCCUCUUCUCUGGAGUGGAGCUGCCCUCCACCACCCCCAUCAAAUACAACUCCUGUAGGAACAGCUGGAGCUCGGAUGAGGGUAUAGGUGAGGGAGUGGAGCGUGAGGACUGUGUGCAGGCCCUGAGUGGGCAGAUCUUCAUGGGCAUGGUGUCGUCUCAGUUCCAGGCGAGGCUGGACACAGUCCGGCUUAUCGAUGCCUUGGUCACAGCCUGCAUCCGCUUUGUGUACUUUUCUAUGGAGGAUGAGCUCCGCAGCAAGGUUUUUGCUGAGAAGAUGGGUUUAGAGACAGGCUGGAACUGUCACAUCUCUCUGACUCCAAACGGAGACAGUCCCUGUGAUGGAGCUCCAUCCAGCCCCAGUCAUGGCUCGCUGCAUGAAGACCUGAACCAAGAUUCUCGGGACGAAGCAGAAGGUCCAUUGCUGCCAGAGGAGGAGGCCCACUCUGACCUAGCCAGUUUCCAGCCCACAGACAGUGAUGUGCCCAGUUUCCUAGAAGACUGCAAUAGGGCCAAGCUACCUCGUGGUAUCCACCAGGUCCGUCCUCAUUUAAAGAACAUUGAUAAUGUGCCUCUUUUGGUGCCACUCUUUACUGACUGCACCCCUGACACCAUGUGUGAGAUGAUGAAGAUCAUGCAGGAAAACAGGGAGGUUACAUGCUGUCUGGGAAGCUCUGCCAAUUUCCGCAACAGCCGCUUGUUCCUACAGAGUGACAUCAGCAUCGCUCUUGACCCUCUGUACCCAUCUCAGUGUUCGUGGGAGACGUUUGGCUAUGCCACCGGAGGAGGGUUUAAUGGAGAUGCUGAAGGUCUGUCUCCUCUGAGGCUCUCCGGACAGCUCAACAGUCUGGGCUGCUCUGUCACCUUCCACCUAGGAGAGAGCGUCAGCAUUGUCAAGCUCAUAGAGCAGGCACGACACACAACCUAUGGCAUUCGCAAAUGCUUCCUUUUCCUGCUGCAGUGUCAGCUCAGUCUGGUCAUCAUCCAGUUCUUAGCCUGUCUGGCUCAGCUUCCUCCUCCAAUGAACACCACUGACAUCCUCUGGCUGUCCUGCUUCAGCUGCCCACUUCUAAGUGUGUCACUUUUGGGGAAGCCUCCAGACAGUUCUGUAAUGGCAGUUGCCACAGGGAAGAACCUAGAUGCCAUUCCAAGAAAGACCCAGAACUACUUCCUUGGCUGUUUCCUGUUGAAGUUUGGUCUGACAGUGUGUGCCUACCUGUUGGCCUUCGGGUUUACCCUGCAGGAGGUCUGCCUCAGAAACAGCAACUCCACCUUGGCUGACAACACCACUGUCACCUGCCUUCACAUACUCACAGCCAGUUCUUCAGAAAAUGCUCCUCAGUGGUUCAGUGAACUGUCAAAUGGCCUACUGCUGACUCAAAAGGUCAUGGCAGGGUUCCUCGUCUUACACACAGUGGUAAUCUCCCUCAGCUAUGUCCACCGCUCUCAGCCUCUGUGGAGAAAGAGUCCGUUCAGCAAUAUCUGGUGGUGUCUCACUGUACCUGUGGUUCUGCUUAGCCAGAUUGUUCAGGCUACAGUUGAUUACCAGUUGUGGCGUGACCAGGGCAGCUUCCUGACCUUUAACCUGGGUGACAUACCUCUGCUAGCCUGGGUGCUGGUCUCUCUCUCCCCACUGCUGGUGGUGGUGGUCAACGAAGUGGUGAAGCUACAUGAGAUACGGGUGCGAGUUCGCUACCAGAAGAGACAGAAGCUACAGUUUGAAACAAAGCUGGGAAUGAACUCUCCGUUCUGAUGCCUUCCCUCCGUGGAAGUUGGCGUCAAGUCAGUACUGGGAAGCAGUCGGUCCGUUCUAGAAACAGGGGACGGGCAGGCAGGGUGCAAACACUGUAGUGCCCUCUAUGGACGCUUCAGCCCAACAGCACUUCAACCAUCAGGUGGAGCAGAUAUCAACCAAAUUUUACGGUGGGAGCUUCAUGACACAAGCUCCUAUCAAUCAUCUGAAGGGCAGGGAAAAGAAAACUCCAAAGCAUUCAUUUCCACUGAAUAGAAAAGAAGCCAAAAAUAGACAACUAUUUAUUGUCUGGUUUUAGUUAGUUUUAAAGGCAUGAGAAAUGUUUUUGAAGAAGUUUAUGCUUCCUCACCAUCACUUCUGUUCUCCACCUCUGAGAGAGCUAUGAAUGGUCGCUCUCAUCUCAAGGAAUGCUCCAGGUUCCAAACAUCUACUAAAAGCUACUUCACUUUUGAAAGGAUUUUGUCGUGCACAUCAUUUUGUGUCAUCCAGUUCGACACAUUGAAUUGUGGCAUAUCAGUUCAGCCUUCAUUACUUCGUUCAAUUAAACAUAAUAUUAGUAUGUUUUCAUUUAAAAGAAAAACACAUAGGGUUGAAAAGAAAAGGCAGCCCUGUAACCCAGGAACCCUAAACUGUUCAUAUUGUAUUAAUAAUGAAAUAAAUAAUCUCAAGUCAAAUAUAUAAAAGAAACAAUAAUUUGUGAAAUAAUUUAAGAAAUUAUUAAAAAUCAUCAAAUGUCACUUCAUCCUUCCUAUUUUCCUUUAACAGAGCUGUAUAGUUUUAUAGAAUUUUUUUUUUUUUUCCAUAUUAAUUUUAUUUCGAAAUGUCCUUUUUCAGAAGUCUGUUCUAACAUGGCAUUUUUCUCCGUGACACUUAUUUCCUAAUGUCACAUUUCAUGACAGUGGUGUCAUCUCCACAUGCUAAGCUUUCAGCCACUCAAAUCCCCCCGCCCCUUUUAAAAUAGCAAACUCAACAGCUCCUAUCAGAUUAAGCCAGUUAGCUCCUGUUAGCUAGAGGAGCAAUGCUUAUAUUUUUCUGAAAUCAACUAUGUAGCCGCUGCUGUAAACAAACACAGUACACAGACCCAGACUCUUUCAUCAGGGAGGUUCAGUUAAUGUGUCUGUGUACUGUGUUUAUUUACAGUAGCUGCCAGAUAGCUGGUUGAUCCAGAAUUACUUUGGCACUGUUUCUGCUUUGCUAACAGGUGCCAACUGGCUAAAUCUGGUAGCAGUUGUUGAGCUUGUCACUUUACGAAACAGCCAUGAAAAGUGAUCAUGAACAAAACAAUUCGACAUGAAAUAAAAGUGAAAAAGGGGAAAAUGUCAAUAUAAAAUAAAAAACAGAUUUGACAAAGGACGUUUCUUUAAUGAAAUUAAAAUGACAUCCAAUAAAACGAAUCAUUGCAAUAAGCAUAAUAAAAUAACAUUUCAUAGUAAUGAGUUGAGUUUUAAUAAUUUCUUAAAUGAUUUCACAAACUGUUGGUUCAUAUAUUCAUCUUCUACAGUUUGUUCAUAUGAUUAUCUUAUAUCUUUUUAUUUAUUUAAUAUUGAACAUUUAAGAUUAAAUAUUUAAUAUUGAAUAUAUCUUAUUUUCGGCUUUCUGUACCUUUCUUGAUUGCAUUUCAGCCCUUGAGCCACAUUUUAAUCUUCACUCUGGUAGCCUGCAAGACAAUGUUCCCCAUCUAUUGUAUUUUGUAACAGUUGUUCUUUGUUGUUACUCAACUUCUGAGCUAAACCAAUGUCAGACCUGCUGUCACACAAGAGGGAAUGAAAAUUAGGGAUUGAAUUGGAUCGGUCAAGCUUUAUAAACAUAUGUGCGUUUAAACAUGUUUAGACAUCUGUCUAACUGAAAAAAAGUGCCAGCAUGCUGCUUUGAACGUACGCAGCUGGCUGUGCAGUGAUGGAUUUAGUGUAUACAUAACGUUCACUCUGGUAUCCUAAUGUACCAGAAUCUCCUGAAAGGUGCUUCAUAAUAUUCAGUUGCCUUCCUUCUCAGCCCGCCUGCCUGUUUUAUCUCCCAACACCUCGACAAAUUUGUUACGAUUACCCCAGAUUUCAUAUUUGAUCUGCUGACCAGCGUACUCCAGAGAUUACGAUUUCUUUCAUGAUCAUCUUCAAGUGUCCUCAUUAAUCUGCAGCUGUCGACAUGUUUUCUCUCCCACGGGGAUUAAUUUAUACAGUUACUGUUACAGUGGACCCUCAGCAUCAGACGUCUGUAUCAGUGUUGGAGUUUUUCAGUCGGACCAGCCGUCUGUGGUGCUGUCAUUAUUUCAGAUGGACAUGGUUUUAAUAUUGCUACUGUACACAAGUGGGUUGGUGGUAUUUAUUGGUAAUGCAUUACUUCAGAACUAAGUACCAGCUGUUUUUACACGUACGGAACAAUGAAAGUCAUUUUUGUCAAUGCGAAGGUUAAUCUUGGGGCUUGGGGCAAAAUGAGCCUUGGGGCCCCAAUGGAUCAGUUUCUCAGUUUAUUUCCAGAAAAUGUAUUGUAUCCCAAUAUAUAACAAUAUUGUGAUAUAAAAUUAUAUAUACUGUAAUAUAGUUGUUUUUUUUUUUCUUUUUUUAAUACUUUUAUUAUGCUUGAAUCAAGUGACAUUUACAUAUUACAUGUCACAAGUUUACCUCAAUUUUUAAAAUAUUUCCCCCUGAAAGAAAUAAUUGUCAAAAAAGGAUGUUAUCCAUAUCACUCGCACCUAUCAACUGACUGACUAACACAGUGAACCUGGGCUUUUUGGGGGACCCUGAGGUUCUAAGGUCUGUCCAUCCUGGGUUGUUGACCACUUGUAGUGUAGCUUAAUAUAACGAUAGCAUCAAAGAUGGCAUCUGGGGUUUAAUGUCAGGGCCAUGGCUACCAUUACGGACACCAAGGUCGUGUCCUCCGUCAUUUUCGCUGGGAAUUUGGAGGGUUUAACCUCUGGGGAUUGCACAAUUUAAAAACUAAAUCUUAAUGGAUAUUUUACAGGCUUCUUCCAGACUUAAUACAUUUAAAAUUGACUGCUUUUUAUACCAACAACAAAUCAAGAAUUCAGCAUUUCCCCACCACAAUUUUAUUUCUUGUAGCAUGGAGAAGGUUUUGGUACUAAAUCUAAUGCUUGUUGCAACAUAAAAUUUGCAGACUAUAAAUGAACAGCUAAAGAAAAUAAUUUUAACAUGUUACGGAGUUUUUUAUGGUUUGUGGUGGGGGACUUGGACUUCUGACCUCAGCCAUGUUGAACCUGUGUGCUUGCUUUUCUGUGUGUGCCCGUUUUCGUUGUUCCAUGGCUUUAAAUGCUCUUUAAAGUUAUAAAUUUAAAGUGGGGCCGUAUGUGAAUAGGUGCAAGGAAAGAUGUGCAAAAGCACAAUUUGAUUUUCUGGUUUUACAGCACUGAAGUACUUGUGAUCAUUUUCUGGAUGGACACGGACUGGCAUGAAACUAAUGAAGUUGGCUUUAAGACAAACAUUACAAUGGAAGGACAUUUCUGAUUUGAUUUUUUUGUUUGCCCAGUUUUAUAUUGUAUUGUUUUAUAUCAUCACAGACAUAUGGACUAUGCUGCAUGAACAAGAUCCAGGGGAAUGCUCUGUCUUAAUGAGUGUACAUGUUAUCUAUAGUUCUACUGUUUUAUUCUCAACACAGCAUGGACUUUCACACCGUCUGUUACCAGGCCGCUGGUGCAACCUGCAGAGUCGAUGCUAACAUUUUGAUAACAUCACCACGCCACACGUAGGCAAGGAGCUGAUGCUUCGGUCAGUUGAUUCGUAGGGUGGGGUAUUGGCUGAUGGACUAUGAUAUAGUUGUUCACAAGAUACAUAAAUGUAUAUUUUGUAUUUUUUUUAAAGUGUAUGUUCAGGACUUUUGACAGAUUUGUUUGUGUAUUGAUUAUGUCAUGUUAAUAAAUAUGUUCUUUUAUUUAUGAAA